UGAGCUCCAGCAGCCAACCAUGCCGUUCAAGAGACAAAACUGAAGUUUUUUUUUUUUAUCAAUCUCCAUUCGAUCUUCUGUUUGAGUUCCAAUCAGCUAAUAAUCAAUCGAAGAAGAAGAUGACCAGUAGAGGGUAGAGGUUAAAAUUGAUGAUUUGAUCCCUAAUCUCAGGAUAAAGAGAGAUGCUUCGUUUGAUUAGAUUGAAUGCAACUUGGAAGAUGAAAUCACUUCUUCCAUCUAUUUUAUCGUCAAAAUAUCAUUCUGUUUCUUCUUCUUCAGAUAAUCUGGAUGAAGUUCAGAAGAUCACUAGAAUUAUUAAUGACCAUCCAUUCCCGGAUCAACCACUUAGCCCUACUCUUGUUCAAACCAUUCCUGUAUCUACUCUGUCAACUUCUUUGAUAGAAAAUGUUCUUGGCCGUCUAUUUGCAUCCCAUUCUAAUGGUCUCAAAGCAUUAGAGUUUUUCAGAUUCUCUCUUGAACACUCUCAUCACCUUCUAACUUCCGAUUCUUUCGAAAAAACACUUCAUAUCCUUGUUCGAAUGCGUUACUUUGACAAAGCUUGGGAAUUGAUGGAAGAAGUCCAAAAACUUCAUCCAUCCUUGCUAACCAUUAAAUCAAUGGCUAUCAUGUUGGCAAAAAUUGCGAAGUUCAAGUCAUUCGAAGACACCUUCACCGCCUACGAGAGAAUGGAGAAUACAAUAUUUGUGGGAAAGAAAUUUGGUAUCGACGAGUUCAAUGUCUUACUUAGAUCCUUCUGUACACAGAGGCAAAUGAAGGAAGCUAGAGCAGUCUUUAACAAGAUGUAUUCUCAAUUCUCACCAAACACGACUACAAUGAAUAUCCUACUUGUGGGUUUCAAAGAAUCAGGCGAUAUAACUGCAGUAGAACUCUUUUACCAUGAAAUGGUGAAAAGAGGUUUCAAACCUAAUGCAGUUACUUACCAUAUAAGAAUCGAUGUUUACUGUAAAAGUGGUAGUUUGAUUAACGGCGUAAGAAUUCUUAAAGAGAUGGAAAGUGCAGGUUUCUCUCCGACAGUUGAGAUUAUGACGACACUGAUUCACGGGGCGGGGAUAAUUCGCGACUUAGCCAAGGCUAAGGAAUUGUUCGAUGAGAUUUCUAAGAGAAAUUUGAAUCCAAACGUUGGAGCUUAUAAUGCACUAAUGAGCUCAAUGACGAAGUGUAAAUCAAUGGUGUCUGCUGAAGCCCUAAUGGAGGAGAUGAACGAGAAAGGUAUCGAAUACGACACUCUAACUUACCAUUACUUGUUCUUCGGAUUAAUGAAGACGAAUGGAAUCGAUAGAGUCGUUGAAUUGUAUGAAAAGAUGACAAUUACGAGUUUUCUUCCGAUGACUAGAACUAUCGUCAUGUUGAUGAAAUUCUUUUGUCAUAACCGGAGGCCUGAUAUGGGUUUGAGGCUUUGGGAUUAUGUAUUGGAAAGAGGGUAUUGCCCGCAUGGUCAUGCGGUGGAUUUGUUGGCGACGAGUUUAUGUUCGCAUGGGAGAGUUGAAGAAGCUUUUGUGUGUUGUAAACAGGUGUUGGAAAGAGGGAGGUCUUUGAGUGAUUGUGUGUUUAAGAUGAUGGAGAAUUGUUUAAGGCGGGAGGGAGAUUUGGAGAAGUUGUUUGAACUUGAAAAGAUGAUGGAAAGAUUGCAAUUGUUUUUGCCACCAUCUUCAAUUGUUUUACCUAAUUGAUGAUGUAGGAAUGAAGAUGGUAGUUGG